CUUGCAGCCACUUCCAAUGGGACACUGGAUGGCCUGGAAAACCGGGAAGGAGGAGUGUGCCAGACACGCUCCAUGAAGAUUGUCAUGAAAGUGGGGCAGGAUCCAAAUGCUGUGAUCCCAGAGCAGCUGACGACGAGUCGGCCAAGCAAGGAGUCUGAUGACACCGUGAAGGUCAUCACGCAGAGCCCACGCAGCAAGAUCCCAGCAGCGGAGGAGCCUGGCAAGCCAGGCUCUGUGAACCAGGACGGGCAGGAGACCCAAGGUCCCAGUGAUGGUUUCCUGAUCAUCAGCAUCUUCCUCGUGCUCCUUCUGAUCAAGAUCCGCAAGCGGCACCGGAAGCACACGCAGCAGAGAGCCGCAGCCUUGUCCCUCAGCACCUUGGCCAGCCCCAAAUGCAGCGGGAAUGCGGGCUCGGAGCCCAGCGACAUCAUCAUCCCCUUACGGACUACAGAGAACAACUACUGCCCGCACUACGAGAAGGUGAGCGGGGACUAUGGGCACCCCGUCUACAUCGUGCAGGAGAUGCCCCCGCAGAGCCCUGCCAACAUCUACUACAAGGUGUGA